CCAAGGAAACUCUAUUUCUUAUAUUGAGGAAAAUAUUUGGAAGGCAUACCGUUGGACUGAGAAACUAAUUCUCAGUGAAAACUCUUUGACCGAAUUACGUAAGGAUUCGUUUGAAGGCCUGCUAUCCCUCCAGUAUUUAGAUUUAUCCUGCAAUAAAAUACAGUCUAUUGAAAGACGUGCAUUUGAACCACUACCUUUUCUACGGUUUAUAAACCUUGGCUGCAACUUAAUCACAGAACUUGGCUUUGGAACGUUUCAGGCCUGGCAUGGAAUGCAGUUUUUACACACAUUAGUUCUCAAUCGUAAUCCUCUGACAACCGUCGAAGAUUCUUAUCUUUUUAAAUUGCCAGCAUUAAAAUAUUUAGACAUGGGAACAACACAAGUGUCACUUACAACAGUUGAAAACAUCCUCAUAAUGACACUCCAGCUGGAAAAACUGAUCUUACCUAGUCAUAUGGCAUGCUGCCUGUGCCAGUUUAAAAGUACCAUUGAAGUUGUCUGCAAGACACUGAAGCUGCAUUGUGACAGUGAAUGUCUGAUAAACACCACACGUUGCAGUGAAGAAGCAUCUCUGGGGGCUGCAGAAGGAACGUUCAUGAAGGCAUUACAAGCCCGGAAGAAGAACACCAGCACUGAGCUCACUAUUGAGCCAGAAGAAGCAUCCUCAGACAAAAACGUCAAUUUGUCAACUGUCCUGAAUGAGCCUCUGGACUUCCAUGAUGAAAGUGAUGUUAUUAGUGCCCUAAAUUACGUAUUGCAUUAUUUCUCAGAGGGAAAUCUAGAAGACAUAGAAUUGACAUUAUUACCCUUCAUUAAACUGCUUUUUUCCAAUGUACAAGAUAGAGAAAAGGUCCUGAGUUAUUUGCAAAACAACACAGGGAAUCCCCCUCUUAAGUCUGGAAACAACAAUGCAACUUACAGAAAUAAAUUGAGGAAACUCUAUUUUCUGGGGAAUUUGUUAGAUUCAGAAAUUCAAGAAAAAAUUGACGCGGUUAAAAAGAAAGAGAAAACUGCUGUGCUUAUGUAUCCCAACUUUUUAGACGCCAAAUUUAAACGCCAAACCUUUCAAAAGAAAUUGGAAACUGCUCAACCCCAGGAAAACCACCUGGCAAAGACCCAGAGAACAGGUGUCGGGAAAAGGCUGCAAAGGGCAAACGGAGUCCUCAAGAGGCCAAGGGGCAUAAAGAAAAGGCACUUCAAAGAAAUGGAAGAUCCGAGCAUUAGGAGGAAACAAGGAGCCAAACCAUUUAUGGAGAACAUGCCCAAAGCAAGAGGGCCUCUGAGGCCUCUCUCAAAGAAGGUGGACCGACUUCUCAAGGUGCGGAGGGAAAGGAAGUUAGGAGGAGUCUCCUUGGACACAGAGCCAUUAUCCAUCAAGGAACAUAAGGCAGAAGACUCUUCUUUCCUGAAACAAUACUCCAUGGGCAGGCCUUCUACCUCUCCUCCUUCAAAAGCCCCACCUGAGGCUAGAAUUCUGUCAAAAGACUUGUCCUACACCAUUUUUGUUUUAGAAGAUGCAAGUGCGAGAGUCAAAAAUAUGGAGGCUCCUAAAUCAGUAUCACAUUCCAGAAAAAAUUACAUCUAUCAUAAAUCUCGCUCUCGUGUGGUUCACAGAAGACCAAAGGCCAAAGCGAGUCGAAGGUUCAGAAAGGUCCGUAGACUGAUGCUUAAAAAUAGACCUCCUUCCUCUGCAGUGAGGAGCCUGAUAAAUUCCCCUCCACGAGAGGCGUUUUCAUCUUCAGGAGAACUGAGUUCUCCAGAAAACCCUUUUCAAGAAUUGUUUCUUUUUCCAGAGCCAUCUGCAAAAACCACUACUGUACACAAUGCUACUAUGCUAGAUGAGACUGCCCCUGAAAUCACUGCCCACAAGGAUCCUUCCACUGGAGAUUCUGCUGUGACUGCAGACAAUGUAAUGGCACCUGUUAAACAAACAAUUGAAACACAAUGGGAAUACCACAACAUGGGCCCUGACUUACCCUCCAAGCCCCAUGGCUCCUCUCUCCCAUUGCUCUCAUCCCCGGGGGAUCAAUUUGAAACUCAGCUAAACCAGCAGCUAAGGUCCCUCAUCCCCAACAAUGAUGUGAGAAGGCUCAUUGCUCAUGUUAUGCGGACACUGAAACUGGACUGCUCAGAGCCCCAGGUACAAAUGGCCUGUGCCAAGCUCAUCUCCAGAACAGGCCUCCUAAUGAAGCUUCUCAGUGAGCAGCAAGAAUUUAAGGUGUCCAAGGCUGACUGGGAUACAGACCAAUGGAAAACUGACAACUAUAUCAACGAGAGCACAGAAGUCCAGAGUGAGCAAAAAGAGCAAGAGUCAAGUGAGCUCACAAAAGAAGUUCCAGGAUAUGGCUAUAACCACAAACUCAUCCUGGCAAUAUCCCUAACUGUGGUAGUGAUGAUUUUGAUUAUACUUUUCUGCCUCAUUGAGAUCUAUGCUCAUCGAGCAACGUCAGAGGAAGACAAAGAAGGAUCCUCACGGGGCUUUUUCCGAAGUCUGCUGCACAGGAGAUGCACAUCAGAAAGUGAAAGUCAGGGCGGCUUUUUCUGGAGAAGGAAACCAUUUUGGCUCAGGGAUAUGUACAGACCUCUCAAUGCCACCCAGGAGAGAAACAGGGCACAGGAGCUACACAACAAGGAUUCUUCUGAUGAGAAUGAGAUUUUCAACAAAGAUGUCAGGGAGGCCACCGAAGUCACAACAGAGAAGGGCGAGCCUACAGAGACGACUACAGAGGCCGGUGAGGAAAGUGAACUGCUUGAAGUCAAGACCCCAGUGUGAAGCCCAUCCUGCCUCAGGCUACCCACAAAUUUUAUUUUCUGACAUUGGCUUCUCGGCAUUGCUUGUAAAAUACUCAUUUUUCUCAUAUUAAAAUAUAUAAAUUCUAUAACCAGGUCUAGCCAUGUGGUAAGGAAUUGAAAUGUAAAUAGUUAAAUAUUGACAUAAAAGCAACAGGGUGUUGAUCAAGGGCCAUAGGCAAGAAAAGCAGGGCUGGAACUGGAAUCCCUUCUGGUAGCCAUUCCACAAGAGGCCAUGUGGGCACAGAAGGACAAAUGGGGGCUUCACUCUCCUACUUCCCCAAUAUAACCCAUCCCAGGGAAAUGGAAAUCAUAUCAGCCACAAGGGGUGUAGAUUAUUAAAUCAAGUACCAAUUUCUUCUGGCUCUCUCUCCUCUGUGCCUCAUUCAAGCCUGAAUUCACCAACACACUUGAGCUCCUGUCCAUAGGGGACCAUCCACCUUCUGGACCCUCUCAU